CCCAAAGUCGUGACUUACGGGGCACGGCGAUUGUUGAAACCUGCGCAGUAGGUUCACGCGCACUCUAGUUGUAUCUCUCCUCUAUGGGGCAGGGUGGUGGAAGAACCGAGAACGGAAGGGGGGCAAGGAGGAAGGAGUUCGUCGAAAUUGGCAAUGCCAGAACUGGGCGUGUUGUGUUCGGGCGGUUAGUGUUUUUUGACCUUAAUUUGACUGAAAGAUUGAAGAAAGAAGUGCUGGUACUAUUUCAAAUAAUGUGAGCGGAGUUUUUGGUAUUCUAUUUGCGAUUGGUAUUACUUAAAGCUUUGAAAGUGAGUGCAAGUUCACAUUAAACUCUUAAAAAUGGAAGAUAUUUUUCAUUGGUGUCGAGAGGGAAACGCUAUGCAAGUGCGGGUGUGGCUUGAUGACACCGAGCAUGACAUGAAUCAAGGUGAUGAUCAUGGCUUUAGUCCUUUACACUGGGCUUCCAAAGAAGGUCACCAAAAAAUUGUAGACAUGCUUAUGCUCCGUGGUGCACGUAUUAAUGCAACUAAUAGAGGGGAUGACACUCCCCUUCAUCUUGCUGCUGCCCAUGGACAUCAGGCCAUAGUGAACAUGCUGUUGCGGAAUAGAGCUGAUAUAAAUUUCACUAAUGAACAUGGCAAUACUCCAUUGCAUUAUGCCUGCUUUUGGGGAUACCAUACAAUUGCUGAAGACUUAAUACAUCAUGGUGCUCUUGUUUCAUUGGCUAACAAGGAUGGUGAUACACCUUUGGACAAAGCUCGUGGUAUUUUAGCGAAGAGACUUCAUGAUUUGGCUGUGGAAACAGGUCAAGAUUUGAAAAAGAUUAAUUUCAAAGAUCAAAGUUGGCUGGGUUUGAAGACAAGGAGUCGUGAUGCUACAUUGUCAAGACACAAGGGUAUUAACAUAUCUGAUUUAGCUCUUCACACAAAAAUUGCAACUUCCCCAUCUGGUGAGACUUGGAGAGGACGUUGGCAGAAGAAUGAAAUUGUUGCAAAGAUUCUUGCUCUUCGUGAAUGCACUUCGCGAAUUUCAAGAGAUUUCAAUGAAGAAUUUCCAAAACUCAGGAUUUUCUCCCAUCCAAAUGUCUUGCCAGUGGUUGGGUGUUGUAAUUCACCUCCUAAUUUGGUGGUUAUUAAUCAGUACAUGCCUUGGGGCUCUUUGUACACUUUGCUACAUGAAGGAACAGGUGUCGUUGUGGAUACAGCACAAGCCUUAAGAUUUGCUUUGGAUAUUGCCAGAGGCAUGGCAUUCCUCCACAGCCUGGAACGAAUUAUUCCCCAAUAUCAUCUAAAUAGUCGACAUGUUAUGAUGGACGAGGACUUGACAGCUCGAAUAAAUAUGGCUGAUGCAAAAUUUUCUUUCCAAGAGAAAGGAAGAAUAUAUUACCCAGCGUGGAUGUCUCCUGAAGCUCUUCAAAAAAAGCCAUCUGAAAUUAAUUGGGAGGCAUCAGACAUGUGGAGUUAUGCAAUUCUUUUGUGGGAACUGGCAACACGGGAAGUUCCAUUUGCAGAUCUUUCUCCAAUGGAAACAGGAAUGAAGAUUGCAUUGGAAGGCUUGAGAAUAACAAUUCCACCUGGCAUUUCUCCUCACUUGGCCAAACUGGUGAGAAUCUGCAUGAACGAAGACCCUGGGAAAAGACCAACUUUUGACAUGGUUUUGCCCAUCUUGGAUAAAAUGAAGCGAUGAAUGUUACAUUCACCAAGAUUUGAUCAUUCAUUGACUACUGUUCAUUAUGUAUAUUCAUUUGAUGUAGUAAUUGUUUGUUGUAAUUAGCCAAGUUCAAUUAAUUUUCAAUUUAUCAUUUUAAAACUACUGAUCAAUUAAUUAAUUGAUAAAAAUAUUAGCAAAUGAAUUACUGAUAAUAUUGAAUUAAUAUUCUUCUAGAAUACUCAGGUCAAUAAAGUAAUUGAAAAUAUUUUAACUGAAAGUAAUAAAUUAUGUACUGUUCCAAAGUUGAUGGCCUUAGAAAGUUACUGAAUUUGUUUGAAAGGAAUUUUGCUGUGUUGUUUUAAUUGAAUCCAUUGCUGUUUUGUUUUAUAAUUCUAUUUUGUUUUGUUGUUUUAAUUGAAUAAGGGUUUUGGCUCUCCAUGAGAUUUUCUCAUUGUGAAUUAAAACAAGAUAACUUACACUUAACGAAGAGCCAAAAAAGAACUCUAAAGUCAAUCUUCUAUAAGAAUGGAAGGAUAGUGAUAGAUGUUCAAUUAUUUGUGCUAUUUCUUCCAAUGCUAUUCACUUUUUGGUCAUAUCUUUUGUUAUCUACCUGAUGUGAAUAUCUGUUCUAAAUUUAAAAACUACAUGAUGUAUUUUGAAUUUUAUUGCUCAUCUCUUUACUCUCAAGAUUUUAAAUUUUUAAUGGUAUUGAAUUAUAUGCCAUUACCAGGAUUAACACAUGGAUGUUCUUCCUCUACAUAGCUAAACAUCUUUUUUCCAUGUUUUUAUUUCUUCUUUCUUUAAUCUUUGUUUAUUCCUUUUGUUCAUUGAUUAUGUCAACUGCCUUAACUUAUAAAUGAAAAGUAAUUUUCAUUUUGAUUUCCAAUACCCUACCAUUAGUAUUACGUCUUUUGCCAUAUCAUUGUUUAUGUUUUUGAAGCAGCCUAGGCUUUUCCUGUUUAAAGGCAUUUUGAAUUUGUUAAAAAAUGCUUAUGGUAAACAUUUGAAUGUGUUAGGCUGCAAUAGAAUUUUAAGUAUCUUAUUCCAGUUAUAGGAGUAUACAACUCUUGCCAACAUCUGCUUGUUUUCUAAUACAGGCAAAUACCUUGCUAGUGGCACAUGCUUUCAGUGCCUUAAGCAUUUUUUACUAAAAUGUACGUGAACAUGAUUUUCAAUAAGUCAAGGGUGAAGAUAUUUUGCUGAAAAGAUUUUGUCCUCCCAAUAUCAAAUUAAUUAUGCUUAAUCUAUAACAUAUUCACCUCAAUAUUGGGAGAACAAUUAAAGCCCACAUGAAUGAUGUUUGAUGCUUAAUUUGUGCUUUAGAAAAAUGAUGUGCUGAAGUUAAGGAUGUCAUAUUUAACUCUUAGGAGGAGAAUAAUUGGCAAACAUUUUAAUAAUUAUAUUAAUAGUACAUUAUUUAACAAAACAUUAGUAAAAAUCAAAAACGAAUCUCAUUACAUGUUAAUAUUGUUCACUGAAUUCUUGUUGAAUUGGAUGAGAAAAGCCGAAGAGAGGAAUUUUGAUAACUUUAUACUUGUGAUGUUUUAACAGUAUGAUGAGAAUGCAGCUUGUGCAGAGCUCUCUGUAAGUGCCUAAUAAUUGUGAAAUUUUUUUGAGUGUGUUUAUAAAUUAAUAAUAGUAUAUAAUGUAUUCUAUUUAUGAAAAAGAUAAUAAAGUAAACAUUUAUUUUCUUCCUAAAG